AACCGUCCUCGCUCCGCUCCUCUGGCUCUCUUCCCUCCCAUCACGUCGCCCGCCUCGUCUCCGUUCCGUCCACGGCCACUCAGGCAUCGCUCUCUGCCCCUCCUCGUCUCCACUUCUGUAGCCAGCCAUGUGCGGUAUCUUUGCCUAUAUCAACUUCCUGGUCGAGAGGGAUCGCAAGUACAUUCUCAACAACCUCCUCGUGGGCUUGUCGCGAUUGGAGUAUCGCGGAUACGACUCUGCCGGACUCUGUAUCGACGGCAAGAAUGAUCAGGAGAUCCUCAUCUACAAGCAGGUCGGCAAGGUCCUGGCCCUCCGCCAAAAGAUCGAGGAGGACAAGGAUCUUGAUCUCAACAAGACCUUCCUUUCCCACAGCGGCAUGGCCCACACCCGCUGGGCAACCCAUGGUGUGCCUUCCGAGCGAAACUCCCACCCGCACCGCUCGGAUCCCUCCAACGAGUUCCUCGUCGUCCACAACGGCAUCAUCACCAACUACAAGGAGCUCCGUGCCAUCCUGGAAAAGUAUGGCUUUGUCUUUGAGUCCGACACCGACACCGAGGCCGUCGCAAAGCUGGCCAAAUACAUUUAUGACAGCCAGAAGAAGGCCGGCAAUCCCCUGUCGUUCACGGCGUUGGUCAAGGCAGUGUGCAAGGAGCUGGAUGGUGCCUUUGCCCUCAUCUUCAAGAGCGUCCACUAUCCCGACGAGAUGGUCGCGGCCCGCCGAGGCUCGCCUCUGCUGAUCGGCGUCAGGACCGAUAAAAAGAUGAAGGUGGACUUUGUCGAUGUCGAAGAAGUCGUCCUUGGUGAAGACCAGGUCGGCAACCAGCAAAACUACCGAAGAGUGCAGUCCCGCAGCUUCUUUGGAGAGGACACCACUCCGCAGCCCAUCGAGUACAUCCUUGCCUCGGAUGCCUCGGCCAUUAUCGAGCACACCAAGAAGGUCCUGUACCUCGAGGAUGACGAUGUCGCCCACAUCUCCGCUGGCGACCUCCACAUCCACCGUCUCCGCAGGGAUGACAACAUGUCGUCGAUCCGCACCAUCCAGACCCUUGUCCAGGAGCUUGCCCAGAUCCAGAAGGGCAACUAUGCCCACUUCAUGGCCAAGGAGAUUCACGAGCAGCCCGAGUCGGUGAUCAACACCAUGCGUGGCCGUGUUGACUUCAACAAGUUCUCGGUCAAUCUCGGUGGUCUGCGCUCCCAGCUUACGAACAUCCGUCGGUCGCGCCGUAUUAUCUUCUCGGCCUGUGGCACCAGUUUCCAUAGCUGCGUUGCGACCAAGUCGCUCUUUGCCGAGCUGACCGAUAUGGCCAUUUCGCUCGAGCUCUCCUCGACCUUCCUUGACGAGAGACUGCCUGUCUACAGAGACGACGUCUGCAUCUUUGUGUCGCAGUCGGGCGAAACCAAGGACACUCUCCUGGCGCUCCAGUACUGCAAAGAGCGCGGCGCUCUCUGCGUGGGAGUCACCAACACCGUUGGCUCGACCAUCUCGCGCGAGACUCACUGUGGUGUGCACAUCAAUGCCGGUCCCGAGAUCAGUGUCGCCAGCACCAAGGCGUACACCUCGCAGUACAUUGCCUUGACCCUGAUUGCGCUGCAGCUUUCGGAUGACAGCCACCAGAAGACCGCGCGCCGCAAGGAGAUCAUCGAGGGGCUCUAUUCCCUCUCAAACAACAUCAAGAAAGCCCUUGCCCAAGAGGAGACGAUCAAGAAGAUUGCGACCCAGCAGUUCAAGUCGGCCACGAGCCUCAUCCUGCUUGGCCGCGGCUACCAAGGUGCCACCUGCCUUGAGGGAGCGCUGAAGAUCAAGGAGGUCUGCUACAUCCACGCCGAAGGCAUUUUCGCUGGCGAGCUCAAGCACGGCCCCCUCGCGCUGAUCGACAACACGAUGCCCAUCAUUUUGGUCAUGAACAAGGACAGACACUACUCGGACGUCGAGAAUGCCUUCAAGCAAGUCACGGCUCGUGGCGGCAACCCCAUCGUCAUCUGCAACGAAGACGACGACAGUUCUCUCUUCCACAACAUGUCCACCAUCCGAGUCCCCCGCACCGUGGACGCCCUCCAAGGAAUCAUCAACAUCAUUCCCUUGCAGCUGCUGUCCUACCACUUGGCCACCCAGUACGGCUACAACCCGGACUCGCCUCGCAACCUCGCCAAGUCGGUCACAACCGCCUAAGCGGAUCUGCGGCGACGGGCGGCAUGUUUCCCGCCACGCCCCUCCCACGAACGAACCCGCUGAUAGCGAUUAUGUGCACAUCGUCUGUGAGGGGAAAGCUUUGGGUUGUGGAGAAGGGUGGGGAGACCAGUGGCUGGUAAUGGAGCGUGCUGAGAGGAUAGAAGUCCGAGACGGGGGGAAGUAUUUGCCAUACAGCAGCUUCUUCCGAGGAGAGUGGGGAGGGGAGAGACAUGACCAUGCCAGAGCUUCCGUACUUGUUGCUUUGCCAGUACGACUGAGUCCCCACCGAUCUUUGUCCUUGAUAAACCUCUUGCGGUGUUCCUUUGAUUUUGCCCGGCCCAACCUUGCACCAUUUAUGUGAUCACUUUACAUUCUUUGAUUCUCAAUAUAUGCUGGCGGGAGCUCAUAUUCA